AUGAAGGUCUCUGUGGCUUUAGAGGUCUUGAUUCUCCUUGCUGCCUUUAUUUGGCCUUGCGCUGAGGACAUCUAUGUGCAGAUAAGUUGUUCUCUGGACUGGGUGAUGGUCUCGGUUAGCCCAUGUGCACACAGCAGCAAUCGCUAUAUAUUUGCUGAUGAAUUAUAUCUGGGAUCGGGCUGCCCUGUGACUCAGAUACAAACAUUUGUGUAUGAUUUUAUAUAUCCUGUUCAUGACUGUGGCAUCAGGACAAAGGUUGUUUCAGAGGAUACUCUCCUUUUUCAAACUGAGAUGUACUUUAAACCUAGGAAUAUACAUUGUGACUGUCAGAAAAUCCCUUUGGAGUGUUAUGCCUCGAGGAAAUCAAUAUGGCUUAUACCAGUUUCUAUAGACAAUGAAAUAAAAUUGGAUCCUAGUCCCUUUAUUGCUGACUUCGAGACAACGCCAGAAGAGUUAGGAUUAUUAAAUUGUAGUCAAACUGAGUCCCUCCUACGGAGAAGUGGAAACUUGGAAUUGGUAUCAUCAAUUUUGUUGGAAAAAUAA